GACAUCCAUUAAAAACACAGUGUGAAAGGUUGUUCAUUUAUUAUGUAAUAUUUUAUAUUUUCUCCUUGGGUAAAUCUAGGCCUAUGAGGAACAGUAACGGUUAGCUUCAUUGAAGGUUUUAAAUAUUUAAUAGUAGAAUAAAUAGUGCUGAUUGUUACUAAUCGCUUUCCUGUCUCUUUGAAUAGAUUCAUUAUUCUUCAAUGCAUUUUUUUAUAAAAGGUAUAUAAAUAACCUAUCUUUAAUGUUUUUCUUUUUUAUUAAGAAAUCAAUUAACAUCGGUAAGAAAGGGGAAAGAAAGUAGGAAAAGAAGAUGGAAUGGGAUAAAUUAAAAAAAAGACGACUUAAGAUUUGAAAAUCCUAUAAUAAAUAUGCAGCCUCUCCACGUACUAGCAGCUUUAUUGUUAGUUUCCUUGCAUAUUGAAAAGAUAGAUCCAAAAAGUGUAGGCGGAAGUAGAAGAGGCGUCUACUUUUCAUCAUUCGGAGAAUAUUUAAUGGAGGCUACGACCAAUUCUGAGAAUUUACAAAAACUCGAGGGAGAAAAUUUACAGCCAUUAAUUCCGCCACAGGAAAUGGUUAGGUAUUUUCAAAAAGUACCAAAACACCACUGGUCCUGUUGUAUGCUAGGACAAUUAGCAGGCAAAAGAGACACCGAUUUGACAGAUGUUGCGAAGUUGAAGACGAAAAAACCUACGAGUUACGAUCGUAUGAAAUUAACUAAGAAAGUAGAAGAGAAAGAAAGAGGCAGGAGAAAGAGAGAGAGAGAGAGUGAAAGAAGUUUGUCAAAAGAUAAAAAAUAA